GUUGCCGGGAUAAGCCUACUGUUACACGUGUUUAAAAGACCCAGAUCAUAUUAUUUAAUUAAUUAGUUUUUGAGGUAAAAACUUAAAUAAAUCCAGAUAAACAUAAACCACUAAAAAUGAAAUUUUGAUUCAAGUGUCUAAUAAGAUACCACAGAAACUAUAAAGUUAUUCAAAGCAUCGCUUUAUAAGACCAAUCUAAGUUGCAACCCGCUCACUGGUGACAGUUAUGUAAGCGUAUACAAUAUAUUGUAGUAACGCUGGUGUCUCUUACAUAAGAAAGUGAAUGUGUUGUUUAAGCAUUUGAUUUUGUCGAUUUUAGAAACAUCAUAUUUGUAAAACAUAAUUUGCUAUUUAUUGUUGGGAAUAUUAGCACAAUCCCUUUCAGUGCUAAGAUAGAAUUAAAAGAAUGUUUUAAAGUUCAUGCAACGUUGUCUUGUCGAAAUUUAAAACCAAAAGACUCCAUAGAUGGUGGUGAAACUUUACACAAUGGAUCUGAGCCCGCCAGUGCGAGCGGCCAUGAUGGCAUGUGACAUAUUCAGCGUGGCUUACGAGAGAGUUGAAGUUAAUCUUCUGGAACAGGAACAGAUGAAACCAGAGUUUUUGAAAAAAAAUCCACUUCAUUCUCUACCUGUUCUAGAAGAUGAUGAUUUAAUUUUACAUGACAGUCACGCCAUCAUGAUGUAUCUAGCUGAUGCCUACGGAAUGGAUGAAUCUUGGUAUCCGAAGAAUAACAAAAAAAGGGCGCUUGUCAAUCAAAAACUUUUCUUUGACACCGCCAUACUUUUUCCGAGAUUACGCAAUGUUACGUAUUCUAUAGUCAAUGAAGGCAAAAAGAAUAUAACGCAAAAAAUGCUUGAUAGCAUCGACGAGGCGUACGGAUUCAUGGAAGCAUUCCUAUCUCGAUCAACUUAUAUCGCUGGGGAAGACGUCACGAUUGCCGAUUUGUCAGUCGUCAGUGAUAUCUCAUCGCUGGCUUAUAUCCUACCAAUUGACGCGCAAAAGUUUCCGAAAACCUUAGACUGGCUUCGAGGUUUAGAAUCCCAGCCUUGUUGCGAACGUUAUAACAAUCCAGGAGCAGCGGAACUUGGGCAGUUGCUGAAACGGUUCCAAGAAUCUAAUUCAUCAGCACAAAUUGAAUAACUUUUAACCAAAAUACAACUUUUUUAUGAACA